GGCGCAUGCGCAUGCGUAGUGACCGGCUGCCGGUGUCUCGUGUUUCCGACCGCGGGUAGCGGAGUCUUGUGGUACUUUAGACCCCGCUGUGUUUGCGCGUGCGCCGAAAGCACCAUCUCCCCACCUCCACUCCCCCCUUCCCCCCACACGGCAGGCGCCCCUCCCCCAUCCUCUCCCCGUGUCUCCCCCUCCCCCUGCCAAGUCUGUAGACCUUCCCCCCCAGCAGGGGUCCGGGAGCCGAACCAUGUUCACCAGCACUGGAUCGAGUGGGCUCUAUAAAGCACCUUUGUCAAAGAGCCUUUUGUUAGUACCCAGCACCCUUUCCAUUUUAUUGGCACUGCUCUUUCAACAUUAUCAGAAGUUCUUUGUGUAUAAUCUACAAGCUGUAAAGAAUGACCUGCAGAUCUGGAGAUUGAUUUGUGGAAGAAUAAUUUGCCUCGAUUUGAAAGAUACAUUUUGUAGUAGCCUACUUAUAUAUAACUUUAGGAUAUUUGAAAGAAGAUAUGGCAGCAGGAAAUUUGCAUCCUUCUUAUUGGGUUCCUGGAUUUUGUCAGCUUUAUUUGACUUGAUCCUUGUGGAAGCUUUCCAGUAUUCCUUUGCUAUCACAGCCAGUAACUUGCCUUCUGGUUUUCUCGGGCCUGUAUUUGCUCUGUUUGUACCAUUUUACUGCUCCAUUCCAAGAGUUCAAGUGACACAAAUUCUGGGCCAGUUUUCCAUCACAAACAAGACAUUGAUUUAUAUAUUGGGGCUACAGCUUUUAACCUCUGGUACCCACAUUUGGGUUGUAGCCACAAGUGGACUGAUUGCUGGUAUGUGUUAUACCAACAGUGUGUUAAAAGUUCAUCAGGUUCUUUGCAUACCCCGCUGGAUGGCAAAGUUGUUUUCUUGGACACUUGAACCCAUCUUCUCUUCUUCGGAACCGACCAAUGAAAUCAGAAUUGGAAUGGGAGCAACAGUAGACAUUCAGAGACAGCAAAGAAUGGAAUUGCUUGACCGUCAGCUUAUGUUAUCCCAGUUUGUACAUGUGAGGCGACAACGACGGCAUCAGGGUAGGAUAAUUAAUUGGAAUCGAUUUUUUCCUACUUUACGUCAGAGACGGAAUGCAAAUGCUCCAGAUGUUCGACAGUCUGAACAAGAAGUAGCAGCACCUCCUCUUGAGGUUUCUGAGGAACAGGUUGCCCGACUCAUGGAGAUGGGAUUCUCUAGGGUGGAUGCUUUGGAGGCCCUGAGAGCUUCAAAUAAUGACCUUAAUGUAGCCACCAACUUCCUACUGCAACACUGAUUGAGCCUGAUGAACUCAGCUGACAUGGUUUCUUGUGAUCUGAGGCUGAGGCAGUGUUUGUCUCCUGGUAGACAUUGAAAAGCCUCCACCAAAUGAAUCCAAAGCAACAAAGCCAUGUCUAUAAAAACUGUUAUAAUGUUGGGUAGAGGGUAGGUAUGCCUUGCUGCUCCCAUGCUCUUAACCCCCAAGAUUGUUAUGAUUAUACUAUCAGAAAAUAAUUUUGUCAUUGAAUUAGCUAGCAUGUUAUUUUCUAUCUUUAUUUUGAAAAAUUAGGUCUAUUUCUUAGUUUGGGGAAUCAGAAGUAAAGAAUUUGUUAUAGUAUUUGUAUAAAAUGAGGAGUGAGUGCAAACUUAAACAAGUUUAGUUAUGCUACUCCAGAAGGGAAAUUGAGACUGAUAUAAGUAAUACUAUUUUUAUUAUAGUACAUUAUCCCACAUAAUCUUUUGAUUACAAUAAUAAUCUGAAAGAGGGAAAGGAUUAAUUUUAUUUCAAUAAGGACAUGUCAGAUUAUUCUUUACGAAAGCCUUUUUUAUUGUAUUUUUUUCUCAAUUUUAUUUUUAAACCUAAAGAGCUAUUCAGGCCAUGCCUGAUACCACCUGGAUACCAGAAGUACAAUUUGUAUAUUUAUUAUAAAUUGUAUUCACUAGGGAAUGACUGUGGGAAAGUGGAAGCACUGAGUCACACUCCUCAUUAUUACCAAUGCAGGGCAAAUUGCCUAGGCCUUUCUCUUCAUGUCUUCCAAAAAAAAAAAACCCUACUAAUUAAAUCCUUAGAGUCUCAAAAACCAUGGGAAAAAAUGGAAUCUAGUGAUAACUCUCCCCUGAAAAUACAAAGUAGAUCCAUAAUGGGGAAGUGAUUCAGACAGAAAAAGGACGAAAAUUGAGCUAAAAAAAACCCAGCCUAAUGGCAUCCAGCCGAGUGCAGAGGGAUCAGAAUAACCUGCUGUAUCAUCAUGAUGGCCCAGAUAGAGUACUUUAUAGUUGACACGUGAUGGAUUUGUGAAUAGGCUGUGCAUUAUUUUCAGGAAAUAGAGAUGAGGAACUCUAGCCCACCUUUUUUGUCUGGUUCUUGGGCUGAGUGUUUGCCUGCUGAAAACCUAGAUCAAAACCUAGUCCCUGUCUACAGCACCAGCAUCUGCCUCUCUAGAAGAGGCACUUCUUGGCAGCCACAGCCCUGGGAUGCUUGGCAUCCCAACAAACUGACCUAGGCAAUGGAGGAGAUGUGGAGAACAUUUCAGAAUUAGUCACCAUAAGCAGGGAAAACAGAAAUCAGGGUUGAAAGGAAUGGAAAAUGGGAGAGGAGGGAAAAGGUUAAAAAUGGUCUUGGCCAGGGGUCCCCAAACUUUUUACACGGGUGGGGGGGCCAGUUCACUGUCCCUCAGACCAUUGGAGGGCCGGACUAUAAAAGAAAACUAUGAACAAAUCUGUAUACACUGUCUGGAAUAGUGGAGGCUGCAAUGCUGGCUGUGAUGGGCCUGUCACACCUUGCACAGGCCUAUCACUGCCACCACUACACCAGGCAGCAGUAUACACAGUGCGGAAUCCUCUCCUCCAGACCACUGCUCACCAUGCUGACGUCUUCCACUGUGCAGCCACAUAAUCCUUUGUGUGGCGCCUCGUUCUCAUUCAGUUACUCUCAGAACAAGGCGCCACACAAAGGAUUAUGUCACAGCACUGCCACAUCCAGUGCUCCUCUCACUGACCACCAAUGAAAGAGGUGCCCCUUCCAGAAGUGCAGUGGGAGGGCAGAUAAAUGGCCUGAGGGGGCUGCAUGUGGCCCGGGGGCCAUAAUCGAGACUCUUGACCAUUAGAACAGAUGAAAAUAAGGGGAAAUGCAACUCCAUUUGUCAUUUGCAAAGUGAGCAGAAAUGUAGCAAACUGAUGCCAGUUUAAGUACGUGAUGCUCAUCAUCAUAAAGUUUAAAAUAUAUUUUGUCAUGUUAGUAUUUUUCACAUAAGACUGGCUAACUCAAAAGAAACUCUCUCUUAGGCUCUCAAUAACAAAGUACCAAAAUUGUUGUGCUACCUGUCCCUCUGUGCUUGGAGUGCUUUAUUGGAGAAAAGAGCUCGAGAGAGAUCUUGUUUCCUCUAGCACUGACUAAUUAUAAUAGGAGCUGCAUCCUGAAAGAAGGAAAAAAGUGUCACCAUGGACAGCUGGUUCCAGGGCUCAUACAUAUCAGUGCAGGGCUGGACCAGUAGGGCUCAAAGGAGUCUGUGCCCGUCUGGCUCAAGGCUCACUUAGCAGCCCUUGAGAGUGGCCCCAUCCAGGGAAAUACAAACAAGAGAACCGAAUGGCGAGGCCUGGGCUCAGUCACUAAGCUCCGUCAGACAGAGGGCACCAGAGCGGGGGAGGUGUGUCAGUCAAGGGCCACACCACUCAGCCUUGCAUAUUUUUCUCCCCAAAAGUGCAACAGUCGCACCAUGGGCUAUAUUUAUGCACAGUCAAAUCAUUCCUAGCCAGUUCACCAGAAAAGCAGAAGAUUUCUAUGGUCUCAGAUCUCUUAAUAAAUAAGACUUCCCUGAAAAUCAGGUAAAGAAAGAUGCAUGUGGGUAUCUGAAGCGGCAUUGAAAGUAACCACAGAUGCGAUGAUUUUGAUCAGGUCCUAUCAUUUCCUCAAUGUAGGGCCUUCCAUUUCCACUGAGGCUCAAAUGCAGGUUGUAGGCUUAUUAGAGGGCUAAGUGACUCGCCCACAGUCACACAACUUACAUGUGUUGGAGGCCAGGCUCCAUGCCUUCCAUACCAGCCUCCUAUCCACUGGGCCGUACUGCCUCUCAGAUUGAAUGUGCUGGGGCUUUUCCUUUUGAAAAGGAUCAGCCAUCCUUCUGGUUUGUUUGGUGUUUGCUGCCAUAUUUUGAUAAAUCCUUCCAAUUCAGUUUUCAAUACUUAAUGUUCCUCUCCCUGGUAAACGAUAAUGCUUUGCUUUCCUGUGUAUCCCCCAGGUUUUUUCCCUUCUACUCACAACCUGUGGCCUCGGGAUCUUUCCCUUUGUCACUGCUUCCAGGCUGUCAUUCCCUACCCAUUACUUUCCCCGACUCCCCCCUCCUUCAUAAUCAGCCGUUUCCCACCGGAUGGCAAGCCAGGCAUCUGCUUCAAAUAAGCAGGGGCUUUGAUUCCAGGAACUCCAUCCACCUGCCCCUCCCAUCAGCCAUUGGAAAGCUCAGACAGGUGGAUGCCCGAGCUUGGAGAACAUCCAGUGUCCCACUGUCAUGCUCCGUGCCAGAGGGGGGCGCCAAAGAGCUGCGCUGAGCUACCAUUAAGCUCUCAGAAAAUGUUGGUGGAUUAUUGAAUUAGUACCAUGCUGAUUUUCAUUAUUAAGUGGGUAGGUUCCAUGUCACCCCAGAGAGAGGCAAAAACCUUGUUAGGAGCUUCACCUGGCCUGAGGGAGAGCCUGUAUCAGUAAAGCCCUGAUUGAUAGCAGAGCCCCAGGCACUACCUCAGUGUAAAUUACAUUGAAAUCAGGAAAGGAACAACCUGACUUAAACUGGUGAAGUAAGCCCAAAGUUAUGAAAAUAGCCAAGUGCCAUUUGAAAAAUGAAAUCACUUCUUAAGACCUGAACUUCUAAUCCAUUCCUACAGCAAUAGUCCUUUCACAGAGCUCUGUCUGUGGCCAGAACUGUUUUGGAGGGAAGUGCCGUAUGGUUCUAAGUAUUUACUAAUAUGUAUUGAUCAAAAAAUGUCUGAUUAGCUAGACUCUGCAUCCCACACCUUUCCCUUGGCCUUAACCCACUAUUUGGGUUUUUUUUUUUCCAAUAAAAGAGUCAGUAAAUAAGUGUCAUGAAGAGGGAUCAACAUUUCUCAUUGUGAUUUUCUGGCUUUGACUAAAGAUUUUUCUUUUUCAUUUUAUGUUAAAACUUGUUGGAACAAGUAUAAGGGCAAUCUGUUCAGACCACUGUAAAUAUACUUUACCUUUUGUUUUGUUUUGUUUUGUUUAAGCAGCAGGAUCUAAGGAACCCAGUCCCCCAAAGAGAGAGCUUUUGCACUUCCAUUUGGAAAUGGCAUUGAUCAGCAUAUUUUCUUGUAAGAUUAGCAUGCCAUUUUAAAAUAAUCAUUGGGUCCUUUGGGAAAGGUUGAUUAAUAAUCUCUUUCUAUCUUUUACACACAAGGAAAUGUUCAGCAGAUCUAUCUGCGUGACCAAGACCUACAGGGGCCCUCUUUUGCACUCCAGUUUGGAACUGGCCAGAAAAUCAGAUAUUUUUCACCCAGGGGGGCGUUUUGCCUCCUGGGUAUUCUGACCUGCAUCAUAAAUGUGUGUGGCAUUUCAGGAGCCCUCCAGCACUCAGGUUGGAAGAAUAAGCGAGUUUGGUCACUCAUAGUCCUCUCCUGAGGACCUGAGGCCAUCAUUUGGAGUCCUAGUGACCUAGGGCAGAACAUCAUCUCUAGGAUAAAGCCCAGGUCAUCAGAACUGUCUCAAGGGAAGACCAGACAAAACUGGGAGUGAGUGAGAAGUUCGCUUCCAAGGCCCUGGGGAUUCCCUGUAGGUAAAAUGGAAUCACUCCCUGGGCAUAAUUUGCAGCCUCCUUCCAGGAGAGUUCUGACCCAAACUGAGAGGAAGCCUCCGUGGCGACCUCCAAGCAACCAGACUCCAUAGCAGCAAAAUGAAAAAUGAGUUGUUAGGCACAGUGAAUACCAAGUGGUCACUUAACCUUCUUUUUUGUUUCAAGGGCCCUUAUGGCACUCUGGUGAAGCCUAUGGACCCCUUCUCAGAAUAAAGCUUUUAAAGACAAAACAAAAUAUGGAGCAUUACAAAGGGAAACCAGUUCUAUUGCAAUACAGUUAUCCAGAUUUAGAAAACAACCAGCCAGGUUCAUGUGCCCUUCUCUCCCCCAGCCUCCCCAAACCCCUGGUGUACAUUAUCCAUCUAUAGGCAUGAAAAGGAGUAAAGAUCUUUCGGUUCAAUCUAGCCAGCUUUGCACCGUUCUGCAGGUAUAGCCCUUGAGGCGUGAUGCAGCUCUGCUCAGUAAGCAGAGCGCCGAAGCCAAAACAGAGCCUGUCACCGUGCUCGCCGAUCUUGGGUCCACCGGGGGCUCCCGCCAGACCUCUGUAUAAGGGACGCCUAGAGAAGUGAAUACCAGCAUACCCAGAGGAGUGUCCAGCCAUUCUGAGGCUAGCGGCUCCCCAAAAUGGUCUUCACGAGCCUGGACAAGCUCAGUGCCGGGCCAGGACUCUGGAUUCCAUCCCAGAGCCCCCGGGGACUUGAAGUAGGGGAGGAGGCAGGAAGUGGGCCCUUUCCUGUCCUCCUUUAGGGCCCUUUGGCAGUUCCGUUUACUGCCAGACCGUAGCGCUCCCUUCUCUCCCCCGCGUAGAGCCUCUUCAUGCUUUCGAAGGCUGCUCCAGGGUGUAAGUCAUGGGGACCGUGGGAGAUGCCAUGCUUUACUUGUUAACAUCUUACCAGCAGAGCAGUAGUCGUCAGAAACAUACAGCGUAAUGGCGAACGGGGGUAGUUGAGCAUCGCCAAGGAGUGGUCAGCAGCCUGAUGUCUAUGCAGCUGUUUUCUUGGGGCGACUUGUAAACCCUACAUUUUUGUUGUUUCUGGAAUCCAAGUUUUCUCUGGUUUUCAAACGGUAUCAAACUGCUAAAUGUCUUCUGCUCAAACUUGAGUGAAUGCCUAUUAACUCCUCAAGAGGCAGGACCUCAUUACACUGAGAUUUUCUCAUUCAUGUCUGUGUAUUUUGUGCCUAUGGAUGCCUUAAUUACCUGUUUAAAGGAGAAGAGGGGGAAAGUAGUGAUUCUGUUCAAAGCAAGCCAACAACCUAACUAAAAGCCAAAUCCUGGAUGAGCUACAAGAAACUCAUUGACCCACUUGCUGGGCAGAGUUCUGAAUGGCAAUGUCAUUUGUGUUCUGGGUGAACUCAUUGUGGCUAGAAUUAUGGUUUAGUAAAAGAAAGUCAAAACCCAGA